GUACGAGUUUCAGAGGUUGGAGCGUGUCUGGUGCUGAUUGGAUGGUAAACUUCUCGGUCACCGUUGAUGGGAGACUAUGCUCGCUUGGAGAAGUUGGUGUCAUGCACUUUAUAGGCUAAUAAGUAGCAGGCGGAGAGAGCUGCAGAGCACGCUGAUGUUUGUACAAGUGCUUCCGGGGGAGGUGUAUGGGAAGUUUACCCAUGUCUCCCAGAGAUAGCGUUGUCGCUAUAGUAACAUAGUGUACUCCUAGAUACUCAAAACUGGAAUGCGUAAUGGGUCAGGGACAGAUUUCACUAGUCUAGAGCACAGGCAUUUGGGGAUAUUUUCUGCUCGUUAUUGUUUUGUGAGGUGGAGUCCUGACCCAAUAUUAGAAAACAACAAUCUAUGGGGGGUCCUCUGCAUGGCUUUAAGCAAGUGCUACUUUUACAAUCCAAAUGAUAACAGCUGGAAUUCUACCGAACAAUCUAAAAUUGCUGAAUCUAUCUUGGAAAGACGCUGCAGACUUGCUGCUUUCUUGAAAGGUACUCGGAAGAAUCCAAAUACUCAAAUUCUACAAUGCAAAAGGAUCCCAGAUAUUACUUUAUGCACAGACCACCAAUCUGCCCUUAUGUAUGUUCAACAAUAAAAGAUUUCCAAGAAGAGAGAAAUUAUCUGAACAAAAAUAUAUUUGAGCAACUCAAUCACUUCUGCUAUGCUCGCGGAACUUCCUUCAAAGCUGUUGAUCUGAAGUGGACAGUAGAGGACCAGCUUUUUCACGUAAAACCUUUCAAUGUCUCUGACCAGCUGAUGCUGUCCCUCAAAUACAUUGAACGUUCAUCACCUUUUUUCAUAUGUAUAUUAGGUCACACUUAUGGAGAGUUUGUUCCCGAGGCUCGAUGUCGCCCUUUUAAUUCUUCCAAUAUUUCAGAAUUAUCUACUUUACCAAAUGUGGAGCAGAAGCUUGUGGUGGCAGCUAAUAGUGGCUAUCCAUGGGUACUGGAAGAAGGGAACAGAGAGUGCAGCAUCACGGAACUGGAAAUCCACCAUGCUGCAUUUUCAAGAGAUGCUGGAUUUCAGUAUUUCUACUUUAGAGAUCAUACAUACAUUGAAGAACAAUUGCAAACGGCAAAUGGAGAAGAGAAGAAGACCAUUAUUUCCACUUUUGAAAGUGAAAAUGAAUAUGAGAGAUCAAAAAUCUGGGAACUGAAAAUCAGAAUAGUGGAUAAAGGGUUUCCGGUGAGGUUCUUUAAAACUAAAGAGGAACUUGGAGAGUUGGUGCUGAAAGACUGGCGUGAUAUAAUUAAGAGAUUGUAUCCUCUCUCAGCCACUCCUAAAAAUAUUGGUCAUGAGCACAGCCUUCAGCAUGCUUACAAUGAAGCUUUUGCAGAGUGCCUUUGCAAGGAUUUUGUGCCAACAGAACAAUCAAACAAACUACUUACAGUCUUGGGUGCCUUUGUGUUUGGUGUGCUGACAGAAAAACAAUGUACUCAUUCCCUCGAAUCUGGACGCAUAGAUUGCAAUAUUUUUCAUAAUAUAGCUGCCAGAUCUGGAUCCACUUCUGUCCUUGUUCUGUAUGGAGAUCAGGGCUGUGGAAAGUCAACUAUUGCAGCCAAAUGGCUUCACUCAGUUAGGAAAAAUAACCCAGAUGUCACAGUAAUCUCAUAUUUUGUUGGCAGUAGUGGAAGAAGCAGCAACAUCAUGUCUUUCAUGCGAUAUUGCAUUACAGUGCUCCAGUGUCAAUACUUUGGUAUCCAAGCUGAAGAUUUGUUCACCAGUGAAAAUGAUACGGAUAUGUGGGUUUUCCCAUUACUUGUGGAGGUUUUUUUGUCGUGUAUCACAUUAAAACCCUGUGUCCUGCUACUCGAUGGUGUUGAUGGACUGUCUGGAAUUAACGGAUUACCUGCAGAGCAAGCAAAGGGCUUUCUAUGGUUGCCAGCCAACUUGCCUGAUUCCUGCAAAAUAAUUCUGACAACCUCUCCAACACACCACUCUUACAAAUGUUUAAAAAGCCGUUCAGAUGUUCUACUGGCUGAAUAUGAAAAUGUAUGGGAUGAAAACAUUCGGCUGUGCAUCUUUCACAAACAUUUAGCAAUGCCCAUGAGGCAUAUUUCGCAGGAUUUGCUGAAAAGCAUUGUAAACAGGGAAAGAAAAAUGACCCUCCUCCAUGUUGCCUUGCUGGCAAAUGAACUGAACACAUGCAAAAUGUCCAAGGAUGAGCCCCAGUACCUAAAAGGACUUCUGAGAGCUCGGUCCGCUAAAGAGCUAUUUUCACUGAUCAUAGAACGCUGGGUUAAUGACUACAGCUGGACAUGCAAAAAGCAAUGUAAAGGGAAAAACAAGCCAUUUCCUGUGGAAAAAUCUAUUACAGGUAUGAAAGGCUGGGUAGUAGAUGUCUUGUGUUUACUUAGUACUUCUCGUUGCGGCUUGAACGAUCGUGAUAUUCUACAUCUUCUGAAAGUCUUGGGAUACCAAUAUAAAUAUGAAGUUACCUCUUUACAUUGGGCUGCCUUUCGUUCCAUGACAUCUAAGUGGAUUAAAGAGAAACCUGAUGGUCUUUUGCACUUUCGUCAUAGAACAUUUCAGGAUGUUGUUGAACAUUUGCUGCUUGGUGUUUUUAUCCCAAUCAAUGAAAGCCUCAUCAUGAAUCCUGAAAGAAAGAGAUUUCAUGAAGUUCUCAUUAAGUAUUUUCAGCAUUUACAUGUUUCAAGACAAUCUUACGAGGAAGUGCCAUGGCAUCUUAAGAUGAUUGGUGAUAAACUUGGUUUAGCCACAUUUCUUUUAAACAAAAGAUAUCUUGGUGCGGUCUUCAGAAACACAAAGUUUGGACAUCAGAUGAAAAUGGACUUAGUUUAUUAUUGGCAGUUUCUGUCUCUGUCUGGAAAGGAUCCAGCUGUGGAGUGUCAAAGAAUGAUGGACCACAUUGCAGAGGGUGCGAAAGAAGAAUUUGGUGAGCUAGUGGACCACUAUCAAGCAUUAUGCUCUGCUGCUCAGUGUCUGAAGCAUAUUGGCAAGACCGUUGAAGCAAAAAAUGUAUUCUUAUCUGUUGAAAAUCAGUUGCAGUUGAUGGAAUCAGGAAAAGCAGUAACAAGAGUUACAGAAAUACUUUUGUGGGCACAAAAGCACUUGGGAGAUCUGUAUCGUGAAAUCGGAUCAUGCAAGGAAGCGAUUUGUUAUUAUCAGAAAGCUUUUUACAAUUUUGAUCGGAUACCUGCAGAAAAUGUGGAAGAUAAUGUCCAAUUACUUGAACUCAAGGGCAGAUUAAUAUGCAAUUUAGCCCUUUUUAAUUCCAUUGAGUUCAAAGGCCAACACAACCAGUAUCUGGAAGAAGCUUCAAGACACUUUCAGUUAAUCCCACCUAAACCCUAUGAGCAAGCAGAAUUAGAACUAUGUCAAGGUAUUCACAGAUUGUAUUCUGGGGACAUUUAUGAGUCUGAAAAACAUCUCUGUGAAUGUUUAGAAAUACGAAGCAAACUGUACGGAAAGAAAAGCCUCCUUACUGGAGAGGCUCGAGAGUACUUUGCAGAUUUACAGACUCUUCUUGGUGAAAAUAUGUAUUCCCACAGGCUACAUGCACUUGAAAAUUACAAGGAGGUAAUAGAAAUAAAAGAAGCCAAUGUAGCAUUUCUGCAGUCAGUGGAAAGAAGGCAGAAUCUGGAGCUAAGCCUGAGCAGUACUUUAUUUAAGAGAGGUAAACUCUUGUGUUGUUCUGAAUUUGGAAUAGACAAAGAAGGUAUUGCAUUUAUACAACAAUCGGCAGCUAUCAGAACAAACAUUAAAGGUCCCGAUCAUCCUUUGAGCUGUGAGGUCCAAAGCUUUCUAAAACAACUGAAAAAUAGAUGUCAGAGCACCAAGGUGUAUUUGGGGCAUGGUGACUAUGAAAAAAGCCAAAUGGACUCUGGAAGAGCUUGGAAUUCCCCUCUGCUAACAUACCCUCAUUUUACAAACAGCCAGAAAACCAAUUCUCCAGAAUCAUCAAUUUCUAUGUUUGAUAAUGAAGACAUCCUAACAAGCAAGAGUGGUAUUAAAGAAACUGCAAAACAUCUUCUGUUACAAAAAGAAAAACAACAAAGUAUAUCAGUAUUGUGCAAUUUAGAAAAUCACAGGUGCGUUCAAAGUGCCUCAACAUCUUCAAUAUUAACAUCCACUGGAAAGAAGCCUUCAAGCUGCUCCUUAGCCAGCAACCUUGCUCGCCCCACUAGUUCAUGUCUACAGUCAAUGACAGGCCCAACAAGUUCACUUUCAUAUUUACUUCCUUUGAUGAGAUCAGUGCCAAAAUCUAAACAAUGUUCUUUAAAUCACAAAUCUGCUUGGUAUCACAUUCCUGGGAGAUAUCCAACAAUUUAUACUCCCUUUCCACCUAAAAGAAACCAAAUUCGCAAAGAUGUCCAAGCAGGGUGGGAAAAUUCAAGGCAAAACUUUUAAAUUCUAAAAUAUGGGUAAAUUAUUCUCCUUUAUUUUCAAUGAGAUCAGCAACUUUGUUAAAAAGUAAAAAAUACAACAUGCUGUUGUUAGAUAAGUACAUGUAUGUUAAAUUAUCAGUAAAACUAUUGAAAACAAAGAGAAGUCUUAUUUUAUAUUUUAUUAAGGUUGUAAAAUGUCAGUUUCUUUUAAGGUGAAGGAAAGCCAUUCUGCACUUGGGGUAAAAAAGGUAAUGAAGCUGUUGAAUUGUCUCCCUGCAAUAGGGGUAAAGACAAGUUUUUCAAGCAUUGAAUCCAGGGACCUAAUGCAGUCAGUCCGGUUGGCUCACACUAAGUUGGUAAACAAUGGAGAUGACUUAAAAACCCCAUUUUUCAUGUGCACUGCAUCAAUGCUUGUUUGGUGAUACACUUGAAUCAGUACACAAGCAUCUUGUGUCAUCCUGCAGUAGUUUUCUGGCAUCAAUACUUGCAACAGUAUUCUGGUGUAAAUGCAUGUGGGAAAAUGUGAGCUGGCUUAUAAGUAUUAAGGAUUGUUGCAGCAGCACUAUUUGCACCAGAUUCAGCUACCAGGAAGUUUUUUCAUGAGGCCAAUGAUACAUGAGUAGUUUUUCUACCAGAGUAUUUCAGCAAUAGUUCUAAUACCACCUAUUCUAAUUAAAUAAAGGACAUCAGCUGACAUUUUCCAGGGGGGUUGUCUGCUAACAGAAGACAUUGUUGUGGAAUUACAAAUUAUGGGACUUAUUUAUCAAAGGUUGAACUUUAGAGUGUUAUAUACUUCGAAUGAACUCACAACUAUUAUUUAUAAAAAAAUAACUCAAAUGUUAAAAACUUGAAUGCAAGUUCAGGUGUUAACAACCCGAAAACUCAAACUGACCGCGUUUUCAGUUGGAACAAGAAUUGAUUGAGUUUUCAGCAAAAACCCUCCGAAAAAAAAUUGAACAUCAUGAAGGUUCA